GUUUAUCGAUUCGUAUCGGCUACAUACAUACAAGUUUCUCACUCUGCAUAAUCUAUGUUCAGGUGAACAGACAGAUGAACCUAGAGCCGAUCCCAGAGGGCAUUGAGGAGGAGAUGUACGAUGGCGUGGCUGUCUCUUUAAUCUGUUGAUUAUGCUUUAUUUAAUUAACUUUAAUGCUUAUUACGUUUUCGGGCAAGAUCCCAAGUUGUUUGACUUUAAAAAGGCUCCGCAUUAUUUUAAAUUACUCCGAUGGAUUUUUAUAUGUAUUGAAAGAACGUUUGUUUAAAAUUGUUUUGAAAAUGUUGCAAAUUCGGAUACCAAUUCAGUGGCACACCGCAAAGGUUGCAGAUAGAUGCCAUGAGGCAACUCUUCGCACGGAAGAUUCUGAGGACUCCACAGCCAUGGCUAUAUCAAUGAAAAACUGUGGCUUUCGAAUUUCUGAAGAGAUGAUACAAGAUAUCAGACACACCCUUGCUGUCAUGUCCUCUACAAGACAAAGGGAGGAGGAGACGGAAGGGACGAUUAACACCCAAAGUUUGAGUUUUCAUCCGUUUAGAUCAGCUAGCAAAAAAGCAAACAGUAUCAAGCAGGCUUCUCCUGAGAUUGAGGAGCCUUCUUCAUCUUCAUUUGCUGCUGAUGAUGAUGAAGAAGAAGAAGCAGACAGGGAUGAUGACCUGCCCGUGUCAAGGCCGAUUCAUCCCUUUUUGAAUGGAUGUUAUGAGGAGUGAGCUUAACAGCUAGACUGGAAGACUGAAUAUUGAAGGAAGUUGUCAGUAAGGAAAAAAACAAUUCUUCAACUUCCACAGACAGUUGUGCAUUCCUAACCAAAGUAUGCAGAGUACACAACAUUAGGUUAUUUUGUUAGACUCUACCAUUACGCUAUGCUUGGUUUGAGAAAUUAGGAAGGAAAAGAAAAAGGGUAAUUUACUUAAACUAAAACAUAAUGACUUUCUCAAUAUAGGAACAUAUGUUUU